AUGCUGGGUUGGGACUAUGGGAAGCGGCAGCCAGUACGCCACCUCGACGCUCGGCAGCUUUUCCGUGCUGCCAUCGACGACAUCGAUCUUCCAUCCUCUAUCAUGACAUCCAGGCCAGACAUCUCGCUCCCCCCGAACGAGUGUGAGUCCGCCUCGCGGAAACCAAGGGUUUGCCGAUACUUCAGCAGCAGAAACGCAAUUGCAAGCAUACUUCCCGGAUCAUUUGAUCUCCACCGCUAUCACGGGCGUGGGGGGAGACGAUUGAUCUGGACAUCAGACGUCAGACAUCCAGAUUAUGGAGAAUUCAGUGGCAGUCGUGGACUCCUGGACUCGUGGACUGGCCACUGUCAAGCCGGCGACGAAUGCCAAUUCUUGCAUGAUGACAACAAACUUCCUGUAACAUCGAAGCCAUUUGACAACACAACCGAACCAUCCGCGGAGGGCAAAGGCAAUGCAGGCAACCUCGUGAUGGAGGAAGAUGGUAUGGUCCGAGAUCGCCAGCAGGCAAUUACGAAACCUGUCCCUACUUCGCGAGUCGUUCCAAAGCCAGUACCACAAGCACAAGCCCAGGAUCCUCGAGAAUUCCAGUUGGGCCAGAUACGGAGACGUUUCAAGCCCAAGGAGACGACGCAUCCUGGUUCACAAGCUACGCUCUUGAAGUUCAGCCUUGCUCCUUCAGAUCCUGAUUUCCCUUUUGAGAUGACCACAUUGGAUUGUUUACUUUCUGUACCAAAUACGUAUCCGAAUCAUGGCCCAUCUCUCAAAGUUGGUAAUACCGAUAUCCCCAGAGGAUUUGCUCUCAAUGUCGAGCAUGGGUUUGAGAAUUUGGUCAAGGACAAGCCAGAUUCCACCUUGCUGGAGUUUUUAAAGGCUCUUGAUAAGAACCUCGAAGCUUUCUUAUCCGCCCCAAAGGCUGAAACGGUAAUGUUGGUACCGAACAAGGAUACCCGACACCUCUCAUCUGCUCCUUCACGGUCCGUAGAACCAGCUCUUGCUUCUGCUGCGGUGAAGGAACCUGUCUCUCCCGAGAGAACUACUCCCAAGAUCGCGGCGCCUCUCAUUACUUACUCGGCCCAGGAGAAGGCCGAGGCUUUGAAGCGGAGAGAAGUUGAGACUAGACAACUUGAGGCUCGGAUGAAGCGCUUACCCCUUUACAAGAUGUCGCCUGAUGGGAUCGCAUUUACAUUGCCUGUGGAGCCGAAGAAGCGAGCAGAGUUGCCGAUCUCGUUACAAGCAGUCAAAGCAGUUGUUCUGUUUGUUCCUCUCUUGUACCCUCUGCAGCCUUGCCGCAUCAAGCUGGAUGGCCCUGAUACUCCAGAAGCCAAGCCAGUUGAGGUUGGGUUCCAGCAGAAAGCUAUUGAGCGAAAACAUGUCACGCUGACUGGACACGUCAAUUACCUGGCUCAAAAUAUGCAUCUUCUAGCAAAAACCAAGUUGGAGGCAAAGCCAGCUCUAGCUGUUCCCGUUCAGCUCCCAAUCGUAGAGGAUCCCGUCUCCACGGGAACUUUGCCAGAGGGCCACCAAGACCCAGACCGCAGUCACAUUCAAUACAUCACUAGACCACCUGAGUGGGAGAUUAUCGAAAGAGAUGAGGCUUCCGACUCUGAUGAAAUUGACUCUUAUGAUACAGGAGACGAAUCUUCCGACGAGGACGGAGGGGUCGCAGUUCACGAAGACGGCGAAAAGUCACCCGAACAACCCAAGCAACCAAUGCAGAAUACAGAGCGGGGCACUUCCAUCUCUUUUCCAUUCAUGGAGCUAUAUGGUAUCGAACUCUUGGAGAUCGUCGUACUGAAUAUUACCGUCAAGUGUGAGAGAUGCAAGGAUGUGACAGAGGUGAAGGGGCUUAAGGACGGCAUCACCAAGUCAGAGAGCUGCAAGAAGUGCGCAAGCCCCUUAAGCAUACAGUUCCGCAAAGACUUAAUACAUGCACAUGCAGUACGAGCAGGUUUCCUAGACUUGGAGGGUUGUGUUGUCGGCGACAUGUUGGCUAGCACAUUCAUUCCAACUUGCUCUCAAUGUUCCAACGCCUACCCGCUACCUGGAAUCGUUUCGGUUCAAGGCGAAUCCACCAGGAACGUCUGCCGGACAUGCUAUUCACAGCUUAUCUACAAAAUCCCAUCGGUCAAAUUCCUCCGCAUCUCUUCAUCAAAUAUCCCUACAGCCCCGGGAGCCCGCCGCAAGAGAGAAACUCUCGGCCUCACCCCAGGAACCGAGCUCCCCAAACGCGGUCGCUGUCGCCACUACACCAAGAGCUAUCGCUGGUUCCGCUUCAGCUGCUGCAUGAAAGUCUACGCCUGCGAUAAAUGCCACGAGGAAGGCGAGGACCACCCGAACGAAUGGGCAAACCGCAUGAUCUGUGGACACUGUUCUAGGGAGCAGAACUACCGGCCAGAGGACUGCGGGUUCUGUCGUGGGAGCAUGGUGGCGAGGAAGAGCGUCGGCGGAUUCUGGGAAGGAGGAAAAGGGACCCGUGAUCGGGUUAAGAUGAGUAGGAAGGAUAAGAGAAAGCACAGAAGGAUCGGGGGAGCGGCUAAGCCGAAAGAGUGA